CUUUUGUGCUCUAGAAUUUUGGCACUAACAAAAAGAGUUUUGGCAUUAUCGGAUUUUUAUUGCCAGUUUAAUGGUUGUAAGCAUUCUAGAAUGAUACUAUAAAUUUGCCAGAUAACAAGAUCUGUAACUGUGAAAGUGUUCUACAAGAAAGUAACGUAUGUUUUAAGUGCAUUUUGAAUGAGUUUUUAAGUUUAUUUAAUGAUACGUUUAGUUCCAUCUGCUAUGCACAUGCAAUUUUCUUCCACUUUCCUCUCUCUCUCUCUCUCUCUCUGAGUUUUGCCAUGAAUGCUUUUCUGCAUGAAUCCUUCUUCAAUUAGUCCACAAAUAUCUUUAUUCCCUUUUUAAUGGUUGUAAGCAUUGUCGAAUGAUAUAAAUUUUCCUAAUAACAUGACCUGUAACUGUAAAGUGUUCUAUAAGACUAUAACUUAUGAAGUGCAGUUUUAAUGAGUCUUUAAGUUUAUUUAAUAAUACGUUUACUUCCAUCUACAUUGCACCUGCAAUUUUCUUCCACUUUUCAUCUCUCUCUCUCUCUCUCUCUCUCUCUCUGAGUUUUAGCAUGAAUGCUUUUCUGCAUGAAUCCUCCUUCAAUUACGAACGUUGUUAUGAACCUGAGAAUACCAAAAAGAAAUUCAAAGAGAUUAUCAGGACAGCUCCCAGAAACAGUGAUUGGACAGCUUUUACAGAUCUUUUCCAGUAUGAAGGUUUCUGGCACUCCCCUAGAUUCUUAGAAGGAACCAUAUUAGCUCAAGAACUCUUCCAGGCUCGACCAUGCGAUAUCAUCUUAUGCAGUGCCCCUAAAACUGGUACCACGUGGCUCAAGGCUCUAACUUUUGCUAUUAUGAACAGAGCCCCCUGCUUAGAUGAUUCGAAGAAUCCUUUGCUCUUCGCCACCCCACAUGAAUGUGUUCCAUACUUGGAAGUAGACAUCUUCCAAAACAAACCCAAUCGGUACCCGGAUUCCCCCCUCCUGGCUACUCACCUCCCUUUCGAUUCCCUACCAAAUUCUGUAGCAGAUUCUGAUUGUAAACUUGUUUACAUAUGUCGCGACCCUAAGGACGUGUUUGUUUCUCUUUGGCACUUCAUAGGAAAUGUGAAAGCCAAGGAAGAGGGGUACUUAUUCCCCUUGGAAAAAGCCUUUGAGUUGUUCUGCCAAGGGGCUUCACUCAAUGGGCCUUAUUGGGACCACGUUUUGGGGUACUGGAAAGCAAGUUUAGAGUUUCCCAAGAAGAUAUUAUUCUUGAAAUAUGAGGAUUUGAAGAGGGAAACUGAAUUCUAUUUAGAAAGAUUAGCCGAGUUCAUAGGACAUCCGUUUUCUGCAAACGAGAGGCGAGAGGGUGCAGUAGAGAAGAUUAUGCAACUGUGCAGUUUUCAGAAUUUGAGCAAGUUGGAGGUGAAUAAAACCGGAGAGUACGCCAUUUUCUCAUCAGUUGUUGUAGAGAAUAGCAAGUACUUUAGGAAGGGCGAGGUUGGAGAUUGGAAGAACUGCCUUACCGGAGAGAUGAAAGAUCAUAUCGAUGGGAUCACAGAGGAGAAGUUGAGAGGUUCUGGCUUGACAUUUGAUUAGUUAGAAGUCAAAGUCUCUUUUCUUUUUUGGUUAGUAGUCUGUAUUUCUAGUGGAAAGUAGAUUUCUUAUGAAACUAUAAUGAGGUGCAUUUGAAAGGAAAAGGAAAUACAAUUCCCAUGGUCGCCGUGAGUCAUUUCUAAUAUUUGCCAUUAGUCAAAAAAAGGAGGUGUGGAUUGUAAAAGAGGAGUGAAAUUCAU